GUGAUCUUACGACAGAGGAAGUCGGAGUAAAAACAUUAGGGCGGGGAGUGGAGAUUAUAGUUACAGACGUCUGAAUAUAUUUCACUCGGUCCUUAGUUUAGUUUGAUUUUGUGUUAGAUCUGGAAUUAAAGUUCGGACUCUAUAUGUUGUGGAAAUGCACACAUGGGUAAUUGACCUCUCAGUCUGCUAGGAUCCUGAAUUGAAGAACACAUAACGGAACUGAGGAGACGACAAAAUGAGAAACACCUAGUAUGCAUCUUGUAAGUGAUGAAUACACAUCCCUCGGCUUUUUUCUUUCAACGGGGAAUUCUACUCUCCUGCUUAUAAAAUGAGUAUCAGAAAUCGCCCCGAGGAUAAGAACCUUCCCAAAAGGACAUGAAAUACCAGAGAACCUGGAGAAAACCCACAUAAAAACGGGAAGAACAUCCUAACUCCAUACGAGAAGACCAACAGAUGAACCAGUGAACUGUGUGCUUUAGGACAGGGGUCCUUAACAACUCAGUCACUCCUCUACUUUCAAUGAAAAAUACAAGGUCUGACGUUAAAAACAUGGUUGUAAACACCAUAUAUAGCUUCAUCCUUCUCCUUUAAAGAGGGAUCUAUAGAUGGAGUAUGAGUACUCAGGUACUACACAUGAGUAAUGACUGCGAGUGGAUUGUUCAAUAUAAAUGUAAACUGUCAACAUUUUCAAUUUUUACACUAUGAAUAACACAUCUUUAGAAUUGCAAUUGUCCCGUAGAUAUAAGUUCACACGAUUUAGCCCUUUCAUGACACCCAAAGAUACUUUAUUGUAAAGAAUAAGGACAGAUUAAAAUGAUAAGAAUGAAAUCCAGUAAAACAAUUAAACACAACAGUAAAAACUAUAUUCUCAAAACUUUCUAUCAUGAAAAGUUUCUGAUUACAGAAAAAUGUGGUCUUCUUAAGAACUCUUUGCAUCAUGAGCAGGUCUCAGGGAAAGCGACAGAAAGAGUAGAGGGGGAGCUUUAGGCUAGUGGCCCAGCAGCUGGCAGGGUCCAGCCCCUAAUGUGGGAUGAUCACUGAGGGAACAAUACAGAUCAACAGGCUUCUCGUUGUUAAAGUUCCCCACAAACGUCAUCAUUCCAUCAGCCACAGCUGCAAAUAAACACACACUCAGGAACAGCAGGAAACAAGCAAGGACGAACAACCCCUGUUGGCAGCACUGUUUUGUUUUGUUUUUUUGUUAUUUUAGGAAAUAGUUAACUAUUGCUCAUACACCGAAUGCAUGUCGUGAGAGUUUAAGGUGUGUUGUGAAAAUGAAUGGACACAGUAGAAGAAAACGGAGAGGUAGACGAGUGCAUGUCUGGAUGUGUUCACAGAUGCAGCGCUGGCUCUGCCUGCUCACUAUCAGCCUUCCUGUCCUGUUCUGGAUUGGACGUGUGAUCACACGGGAUCGUCCACUUCCUGUUUUUCGGAGCAGUGAACUCAGAGGCUACAUGAGACUUGGCCCUCACAGGAUGGAGCAGUUUUUGAACUUGCACUGCAACCAGUGUGCCUUGGUCUCCAGCUCGGGUCAGAUGCUCGGCUCUGCUGCUGGUGAACAGAUUGACAAGAUCAACUGUGUAAUAAGGAUGAACAACGCGCCCACACAAGGGUACGAGAAGGACGUUGGAAGCCGCACCAGCAUUAGAGUAGUGUCUCAUACCAGCGUCCCCCUGCUGGUGAAAAAUGAACAUUACUACUUCCAACAGUCAGCAAACACUGCGUACGUGAUCUGGGGUCCUGACAGAAACAUGAGGCAGGAUGGAAAGGGACCCAUCUACAAUACUCUUGUGAGAAUAGCUAGGAAGUAUCCAAACGUGGGAAUCUACAUUGUGACCAGGGAGAAGAUUCACUCCUGUGACCGAGUGUUUCAGAAUGAAACGGGGAAAAACAGAAUGAAGACCGGGGCGUUUCUCAGCACAGGAUUUUUUGCAAUGAUCCUGGCAAUAGAAGCGUGCGAUCGAAUCCACGUCUACGGGAUGAUCGAUAACAACUACUGCAAUCGAAUCAAUCACAGUGUCGUCCCCUACCACUACUAUGAACAGAACAAAGUCAACGAGUGCAGGAUGUAUAAAGUCCACGAAAACGCCCGUCGUGGAGGCCAUCGCUUCAUCACUGAGAAGGCCAUCUAUGCCAAAUGGGCCUCCCGCCAUAACAUUGAUUUCAGCCAUCCAUCAUGGGACCUCUGACGACGUAUUCCUCAAUCUUCACACUGCUGUGGUUGUCCGCUGAAUGUUUCAAACUGCCACGACAAUUUUUAUCAAAAUGCUACUGAUUGACUGUAGAUUUGUUUUACAUAGUGUAAGUACGAUAAGUACUUAGUUCAGACCUGCUGAAUGUUUCUGUCGUGUAUAAUUACGUACAUACGAAGUACAGUAUUUGCUGCUUUACAUUACAAACAAUGGAACAAGUUUUAAAAAUUCAACUGUAUAGAUAUCCUCUCAAAUUAUUCUUUUUAAUUUUUUUUGCACAUGUGCCUUGACUUUCAGUCUCAUUUUCAUCUGGAUUUUGAUCAUUCAUAAUUAAAGCUACAAAACGCACAGUUUCCCUGUAAAAUGGAGGGAUUAUAAGAAUAUGGUUUGAAUUCUAUUGAAGAUUAUAACAAUUAAUCUUUUCCACCAACUGGGAGCGUUAGCCCCCUGUAGGCUGAACGAUGGAUUACUUUGUAUUAAGCAGUGAAAUAAAAAUGUAUCAGAUGUUAGAAUAGUCAAUUACUUUCACACUUUUUGGUGGUGAUUCAUGUCUUCUUGAGGUCUUUACUCGUCUACCCUACAGUGUUGAUUUUGCUCGUCUCCCUGACUUCCAUCAGUAUUGACAACAGUGUGCCGUAGUAACUGAAGGCACACAACGUGCAGUUUUAGUUUUGUUACAUGAAACAUCAGUUUGCAUCAUUAUCGUUUUCUUUUUUUUUUUAUUUUAACUAUUUUCUGGAAUUAUUCCAGCAAAACUUAAUGUCACUAGAGACGUCGGUGGUUCGUCCAUUAAGACCUUCAGCAAGAAGUUUGCACCUUUAUCUGGAAACUAGAACUUGCGUAGCCGUUUACUAUGAUGCUGCCUUUGUUUAGUUAGAGUGAUGAUUAUUUGGUGACUAAUCCCAAAGACUGUACAAGUUUUUGCACUUCUUCCAUACUACUGUGUUACUGUAUUUCACUGUGUUGGUUGCAAACUUGAAUAGUUUGAUCCUCAGUGUGACCAUGGUUAAUAAAUUUAAAUGAUCUGGAAAAAUCUUAA